CCAUCACUUUCACCAGUUCCGUCCGUUAUCGCCCGCAUAAUCCCAUGCUUUCCGGGCCUUCCCUGCCGUCAGUCGCACGCCAGUUUCCCUCGAUAACUAAAAAUCAGCACGUAAACAAUACCGUGACUAAUGAUUCCCGCGAAUCGCACCGUUGAAAAACCGGAUUUAUUUCAAGACCCUCGGGGUUAUCAAUCGACACAUUAAAUAAAAACCGUCAUCUCGCUAGCUCGCCAUUCGAAAACCUACAAUCGAUACGUUACCGUGAUGGCGGCAUUUUGUUGCAAAGUUGUGCUAUUAAUCGCCGGAUUCGGAAGUUGUGUUCAAAGUGCAACCCAUAAUUACCGACCAUUGAGAUACACCAUUCCGCGACCCUUAAUACAAGCAUUCAGCCCGCAGGGACUGGAAGUGAGCAUCCCUCAUACUCCCGGCAUCCAAUUAUUCGCGUUUCACGGGAGUAUUAAUAAAUUUCUGGAUGGGACCGAAAUAGGGGAUAUGAGGAAGCACGUGCUGGAGAGAGACGGCGAGAGGUGGGCGUACAAGAACUCCACGGUCAAGUUGCGACUCGGGGAUAAGAUCUACUAUAGGUUGUAUGUCGUCAAGGAUAACCUUGGUUACAGAUUACAGCACGGAAUGUUCGAGGUUAAAGAUUUUUCGCUUCCGGACAAGGAGUCAUCUGCCCCCGAAGAGGCGGUUCCUGCUCCCACCCCCCAGCCCCCGACGCUUUGCAGUCGCACUGGCUCUAUCUGUGAAAAGGUGGUGCUGAAUCUCACGCAGAGGGUGUGCGAUUUGCAGCAAGAAAUUGACUCCCUAAGGGAGACGAAUGAUAUCUUAAAGGAUAUGGUGAAGAAGCACCCCACGACCUCGACGACCCUCGCUUUGGACGGCGUCAAAGUACAGGAUGAUGAGCUGGGGGUGAUCGUCCAGGCAAUUAUCGAAGAUAAGUUGGGUUUGCCGUUUAAAGUCGACAAUAUCCAGAGGAAGAGGAACGGUCUGGUGCAAUUCGAAGUCGAGAGUCUGGAGAAGAAGCUGGAAAUUAUUAGGGUGGCCAAGACGAAGCUGCGGCAUUCCAACUUCAGACUAGUGUAUUGAGCGUAAUUGAGUAUUAAUUAUUUAUUUAUUUAUUUUUAUAUUUAUUUGUUUUUGUUUAUAAAAAUGCAAAUUUGUAAAAAAAAAAAAAUAAACGACUUUUUGAUAA